AUGGAGUCGGAAAAAGCUGCUUUGGAAACCAAAGAACCUGUUGUCUCAGUCCCCUCGCAGGAGCCAGAGUCUGACGAAGAUGCUGGAAAGCGCCCGCCCCCUCUUUGGGCGAAGCUGUUUGCUGUGUUCCUUAUUUCUUGCAUCAGUUUUGGGUCUCGUUGGAGUUCGGGAGUAACGGGCGCAAUGAAAAGCACAAUUAAGAAGCAAAUGCACAUCUCAAAUACCCAGUUCUCUCUGCUCGAGGCAAGUGAAGACUUUAUGGCUACCCUGCUUCUGUUGGCCAGCGGUAUCAUCACGGAUCGCGUGGGAGGAGCUGGAAUGAUCGUGUACGGAAACAUUGUCUAUACUAUCGGGUCCAUCCUAGUCGCAGCAGCAACAACCGUUCGGUCUUUCAAAUUCAUGAUCGGCGGUCGAAUUAUCCUGGCCUUCGGAGAUAUCGCCACCCAGAUUGCCCAAUACAAAAUGUUUUCGUCAUGGUUCCCCCCCAGCAAUGGAUUUGCAUCCACCUUAGGAUUCGAACUGGCCAUUGGAAAGAUCGGUGGUUUUGUCGGAAAGUCAACGGCCAAUGUCAUUGCAAAGAACACUGGCAACUUUGCCUGGGUCUUCUGGACAUCGGUCUUUAUGAACGUUUUCACCAAUGCCGCUACCUUCGUUUUCUGGGUUUUCAACCGCUACUGUAACCAGCAUUACAAAGGCAGACAAGAUGCAGCAACCAAAGAGACUCUGACGGAGAAGAAUAAGAAGUUUGAGCUGCAGAAAAUGUUCCAACUCCCGUGGAUGUUUUGGUCGGUCCUGGCUUUCUCUCUGUUUCAGACCAGUACUGCCUCUGUGUUCACUCAAAAUUCGACGGAGCUGGCUGAAAAACGCUUCAACGUUGAUUCGAUCAAGGCGGGCUGGUAUAGCUCUUUGUCUCAAUAUGCUGGCUUCUUUUUGGUUCCGUGUCUGGGCAUUUUCAUCGAUGUCUUCGGAAACAGAGCGAGUGUUUUAUGUGUGUGUGGCAUCGGCAUGUUCCUGAGCAUGAUUCUAGUCAACUUCGCGGCCACCAAAUCUGGCACCGCCGCAUCAUUCGGAAUUUUUGCCAUCGCCAUGUCCCUAGGCCCGACUUCGAUCAUUGAUAGCAUUCGCACCACUCUAUGGCACCAGUCUGUCUUUGGGUCGGCGUACGCCCUCAAGGUGACCAUGAAUAAUGCUGUGAGCAUUAUCAUCCGAAUUAUCACCGGUGCUCUGCAAGAUGCCGAUAACGAUUCGUACGAUCGAGUCGUCCGGGUUUAUCUCUUUCUGGCCGUUUGUGCCGUUAUUGUUGGUAUAGCCAUCUUGAUCGGGGCUGUGACGAGCAACAACCUGGCCCCCUUGCAAUGGACCAGAAAACAACGAUUAACUCUGGGUCCGGAGAUCAUCGCAGCAAUUCGAGAAAAGCAUCUAGUGACUAAUUAUUCACGCAGCAAGUGGAUUUCGGUGUCCUGCUUCAGUCUUUUGCUAUCGGUCACAGUGGGUAGCUGGGUGGCGUAUAUUUGGGGAGCGGUGACUGGGAACAAUUCAUAG